AACCCAGUCAUGAACAGACCGGCAUCCUAUGACCCGAAUUCCUUCUACCGGCUCAACAAGGCCUCGGCCCCCUUUGCGCCGGGCCCGAGACUCACGGGCGUUGAGGGCGGCGAAGAGCAGCAGAACAGCCCACUCGAAUGGCUUAUCCAGAGAAGGCCCAGGGUGGAUGUCAUCGUGGCGGUGCAUUCCAGCAUCAACCCAUACUGGCCGAACGGGAAAUCCCUCAUCGCCACCUGCGAAACAGUUUGCAUGACUGCUGCUAUACCUGUUCGGGAUGAUGUAGCAUGGGGUUUGCUAUAGAGACCGUGCGAUAAACAUGUACGAGCGAAGUUGGGACUGGAAACCUCAAAUAGAA